CUCCGAACUCCCUUCAAACCGCCAUGUUGCAGCGCAUCAUUUCUCGUUCCUCCUUCUUGACCACCACCUCGCCCUCGCGUCUCCUGUCACCAGUCCGCGCCACUGCUCGCCUUCUAACGACGCCGACGUGCCCACGCUACGCAGCACAGCCUAUUCAGCAGUAUCAGCAGCAGCAAGAGCAGCACUCUCAGCCUAGACCUCAUUCUUGCCAAGGCGAUAUGGGAAGUAAAGGCCACGUCGAGCCGCCCAAGACGGGCUGGAAGGGCGCCAUUCCAUCGCAGAAGGGAGGCAGCGAGGAGGGUUACAUUUUGAAACCGCCUUACUACUGGCACAGCGACGACUUUGAGGCAAAGUACAAGAGCUCGUGCUGGUGUGGAAGAGUCAAAUUCGAAUUCCACGGCGAUCCCAUCACGGCCAAGCACUGCCACUGCAACCAGUGCCAGGUGUUGCACGGCGCCCCCUUCCAAUACGCCGCCGUCUUCCACAAAACGUCGGUCCGCCUCUCUCACCAGACUGACCCUACGAAUCUCAACUUCUUCUCCACUCAUCGCAAGGAGGACGGGCAUGAUGUGCCAUGCAAGAUUGCGUGCAGCCACUGUCACUCACCCCUGCUCGACGAGGGGCGUAAUAUGGUCAUGGCUUAUCCGUCGACGUUCAACUUCAAGGACGGUCAGAUCCCGGCUUCGUUUGCUUCCAAGGGACACAUCUUCUACUCGGAGGCCAUUGUCGAGUUUGACGACGGCGUUCCGAGUAAGUGCGGGCGCAAGACGGCAUGACUGAAUGGGUGCUGACCGUCGUCUCCUUGGCUCCUCGCUCGCAGAGUGGUCCGGCCACAUCGACGACUCGGAGCUCUUACCGCACAAGAUUGGUCGCAAGGGCAAGCUGGGCCUCGGGCAGAGCGGGCAAGAGCAUCGAGGAGAGAAGAGGACUUACAACGAAGAACAUGCGAGCGACGAGGACAAGAAGGCGGCCAAAGGUGAGAAGGGCGAGCGAGUGGCCAAGUGAAGUGACGGGGGGCAUGUGUAUGUCAAGGCGUGCAGCUGUAUAUCCUUGGGUCACCGAUGGCGCUGUUCUUGCGUUGACAGAGAAGAGCUUGGCUGACGUGCUUUCGCGCAAUGAUCGAAUCGCUACCCUGUACUCAGAGUCGAAUGGAGACGUGGGCAGAUGAUCAUGAAAGCGCAACAAAUUACAUGCCGUCG